GUCCCGUGGAAGGAUGACCAGCCCCCGCCGACAGCUGUGCUCGUGCACCGUUUGUGUGACUUUCGCAGUCUGUCCCCGGUACCAUGGCGUCUGGCGAGGAGGACGGAACCGUGGAGGAGAAAGAAACCAACAACAAGAAGCGGACGAAAGGCGCCAUCGCCACAGCAUGGCUCACAAUCUACAACAUCGCCAUGACGGCCGGAUGGCUGGUACUGGCGGUUGCCAUGAUCCGGUUUUACCUUCAGAAAGGAACUCAUAAAGGCCUGUACAGAAGUAUAGCAAGGAUACUAAAGUUUUUCCAAACACUUGCGCUACUGGAGGUUGGACACUGUGCAAUUGGUAUCGUGCGGACAUCUGUAAUUGUGACCGGGGUCCAAGUAUCCUCUCGGAUAUUCAUGGUUUGGUUCAUUACACACAGCAUCAGACAGAUUCAGAACGAGCAGAGCGUGAUUUUGUUCGUGGUGGUGUGGACAGUCACCGAGAUCACACGCUACUCUUACUACACCUUCAACCUUCUCAAACAUCUGCCAUACUUCAUCAAAUGGGCCAGAUAUAACAUGUUUAUUGUCAUGUACCCAUUGGGAGUGGUUGGUGAACUGCUGACCAUAUAUGCCGCCUUACCGUAUGUUCGCCGAUCGGGCAUGUACUCUCUGAGGCUCCCGAACACAUACAACGUCUCCUUUGACUCUUACUACUUCCUGAUCAUCGUCAUGCUGUCCUACAUCCCAUUGUUUCCUCAGCUGUACUUCCACAUGCUCCGUCAGAGGAGAAGGGUUCUUCAUGGAGAAAUCAUUAUGGAGAAAGAAGAGUAGACGGUCACCAUCCCCAAACCCCUGAUAACAAAGUAUUCAGUCCACGAUCAAAAUAAGAAUCUACAAUCAGAUAUUAUGGAUGAAUGCACAGUGUUUCCAGAGCUGGGAAAAACUCAAACUAUCAAUCAAUUCUGCAAAGCUUCAACAUCCCUCCAGCUGUUUUUUAAUUUCUCAAUGGAAUCACUAACAAAAUCAAAGGAUUUCAAGCAAAGUACAAGGACACCCCAUCUUCAUAGGUCAUUGCAGAUCUGCGUUCCCCAAAAUUGUCACACUCAAUGGAGACACCUCAUCUGUGUUUUGAACAAGACCUUUCGGAUAAAAUAUUCUGUUAAACUAAACCUCAUCCCUAGGUUGAAUUAAACCCCACCCUUGGACUGGAUUAAACAUUAUCAUCAAUCAUCAACUACACUUUGGAUUCAGCCUCACCUGAUCUGGACUAAUUUGUGGUUCAACCUUUCACUUCCCUGAUGAAAAGGCCAAUUUUGACCAGCGUCCUGGCUGAGCCUGUUUUUUGCUAAUUAGUUCUCAUCUGGAGCUGGCAGACCAGCAACAUUGGUUGACCUUCCUGGUCAUGUUUAUUGACUAAGGAAGUCUGGUUAACUUAUGCCUGAUCUAAUGAAAAUGAUGUGUCUGUGGCUACAUUUUUAAUAAACAAAAAUAAUGAUGUUA